CUCCUCCCCCUCCUCCUCUUCCACCUCCUCUUCCUCCUCCUCCGCCUCAGCCUCCUCUUCCUCCUCUUCGGCCUCCUCCGCCUCUGGCUCGAGAGCGGUAGGGCGACCGCAGCUCUUGCCGGGUUCGUGUCCUCCGCAGCCCCGCCGCGCCGUGGGCGGACCCCAGCAGAGGCAGGCAUGCAGCAGCGGUGGGCCGCCGUCACGGCGGCCUCCGGCGCCCGGCCGCCCGCAGGGAGGCCCGGCCAGCCAGGAGCGAUCAGCAGGCCCGCCGGGGGCUUGCUGAAGCCGGGCGGCGCGGCCGCCUCGUCCUCGUCCGCCGCGGGGGCCGCGAGACCAGCCGCAGGUGCCAACACCGCCUCCUUCACCGUGUCUACCCAGUCCAAGAAGGACGAAAUCGGGAUCCAGACACUGGUCGGCGACUACGCGGACAAAGGGACCAACCACGGGCGCCGUUACUACCAGAAAAACCAGAAGAUCGCGGGCCACGAAGACGUCAAGGUCUUCCUGUAUUACUGGGACGAGCGCGACGGGGCCGACUUUAGCGGCUGGUGGUUCGGCGACGCCCUCGGGGGCUCGCAGGUCUCGCGUGGCCUGCGCGUCAGGCGGUUGGCCUCACGGAGCUCCAGCCGCGCCGGCAGUCUCAACUACCUGGACCUGGCGAGGAACGGCAUCCGAGACGCGGGAGCGACCGCGCUGGCCGCCGCCCUGGGAGGCAACUGCGCGCUGCGCGAGCUGCACCUGGCCCAGAACAGGAUCCGCGGCCCGGGAGGCCCUUGCCCUCGGGAGGAUGCUCGGCGCGAGCACUGGGCUGCGGCAGCUGACGACGGCGUGGACUUCGCUCGGGCGGUCGGCCUGGCCCUCCCCGGCAGCGCGUCCCUCUGGAUCCUGAGCCUUCGCCGGUGCGGCAUCGGCUCCGAAGGGGCCAGGCUGCGUGCGCAAGGCCUGAGCGCCCAGCGCGUCGGACUGACGGAGCUGUCCGUCGGGUUGAACAGGUUCAGGGACAAUGGCGCUGCGGAGAUCGCCAAGAUGCUGACCGUGAGCCGCUCCAUACGGGAGCUCUACGUGGACGAUAACCGCAUCGGAAGAUCCGGCGGGGCGUUCAUUGGCGAGGCGCUGAUGGGGAACUACUGCUUACAGACACUAUGGAUGACCAUCAAGACAAAUUCUACGCUGAGGCGCCUUGGCCUCACAGUCGACGCAUCCAUCGGCAAAGCUCUUCGCCAGGCCAUGGACAGAGCGACUCCGAUGCCGAAGCGGGGGGUCCAGCGGUCAGAUAAGUGGACUGCCGACAACUUCAUCGCUCUUCCCAGCGCCGUACCUAACGCAUGUCAAGACUCACGCGGCGUCCCUCAGCGGCACAGCAACGACAGCGGCACUGGUAGCGAAGCGGACUCGCCAUUCGACACGGAGGAGUUCGAUGGCCAGCAGGGUGUCGCCGAAGCGCGUGGCCAGGCAGGGCGUGCCGAGGCAAAUCAUGACGGAGCAGGAGGCGGUGCAUCAGAUGAUGUUCUCGACGUUGAGACGCUGCCGCCGCUGCCUUCGGACUCGAAGUCAGAUGAGUGGACUGCCGACAACAUCAUCGCUCUUCCCAGCGCCGAACCUAACGCAUGUCAAGACUCACGCGGCAUCUCUCAGCGGCACAGCCACGACAGCGGCACUGGUAGCGAAGCCUUCUCACCGUUUAACACGGAGGAUUUCGAUGACCAGCAGGCCUUCAUGAUCCUUGACGCUCUCGACCCUGCUCCGCAGGCUGCAUGA